CUGCAGAUGUGUAUGCAAGUUGCGUUUGCGUGAGUGUGUGUGCGUGUGUGUAUGUGUGUCUACUGCUGACAAAGGCCUUAAUGGCUGAAAGCUAUGAUUGUGUGAAUAUUUUUACUGUGCCUAACACGGCUCAGCAUCUCUGCUAUAUGGUCAGCCUCCACAUCAUAUAUCCAAUAGAUUUUCCACCUAUUAAUUCAUCAGAUUUUAAUGAAGGGCUUAGAAAACUUAUUCCAAAAACUUGCAGUUUUAACCAUCAGCAAGUACUUGACAAAAUGCUACAGAAGCGACCUCAGAAUAUGUUUUUAUGGCGUGAAAAGCUGCCAUACCCUCAAAAUAUAUUGCGAAACAUUGCUAGAAAAACUUGUCUAAACCAGUAUUUUGUGUGCCCUGAUAUAGAUAUGAUACCAACAUCAAAAGUUGUAUGUGAUAAACUGAACAAGUUUCUUGAAAAUCCACAACAAAAAAGUUGUCUCAAAUGUGCUUAUGUAAUUCCUGUAUAUGAGAUAUCUUCAAAUGUUACAAGAAUUCCCUAUAACAAAACAGAAUUGACUAAGAUGGUAAAACAAAGAAAUGCAAGAGUCUUCCACUCAAAUGUCUUCUGGCGAAACCAGUGGUUAUCAAACUUAUCUUACUGGGAAAAUCAAAAGGAAAGUUCAAAAAUAUCAGUAUCAUAUGAUGCUGGUAAAUAUUCUUUUUGGUAUGAACCUAUUUAUGUUGCACAAACAUCAGCACCUCUCUAUGAUGAAAGAUUUAUAGGUUAUGGCCUUACAAGAAAUACACAGAUUUAUGAAAUGUAUUUAGAUGGAUGGAGUUUUAAGAUUUUAAAUAACAUCUUUUUAGUACAUUGGGGAUUCCAAAAUCGGAGCAGUCAGAGUGCAUUGAGAAAGAAACAAGCAUUCGAUAAUUUUGCUGUUUUCAAGGACUUCCUUAGAGAAAAGUCAGUGAAAUAUGACAAGGAUCCAUUGAACCUAUUGCAGAUGUAUGAGAAAAUGAAUGUAAGAAUAAAACUACAAAAUCUUAAUGUAACAGAAUCUGAAAAUUUUAUUCUUACUUAA